AUGGCUCGAGAGGAGCUUGUCUCCUCGGCUGUUACAUUCCUUCAAGACCCCUCCGUGUCGUCGGCGCCUCUGGAGAAGCGGAUCGCAUUCCUCCAGUCAAAGAACUUGACGCAGGAGGAAAUUGAUCUUGCUCUUGCGCGGGCUGGAGAAGAGACAGCAUCAUCUUCGCCCACAAAUACCCCUCCCUCAGGGCAUACUGCUCAGCAGCCGCCGGCUUACCGACAAACUGCUCCUCCACCUGCACCAGGAUAUGGCUAUCCUCCAUACGGGCAAUGGCAGCCUCCGCCGGAACUGCCCCGAAGGGAUUGGCGGGACUGGUUUAUCAUGGCUACGGUAACGGGCGUGAUCAUCCAGCGAUAUAUUGUACCCCUCAUUGCCCCUCCCACGCCUCCUCAACUAGAGCAAGAUAAAAAAAGCAUUGACGAGCAGUUCGCCCGUGCCUUUGCUCUCAUUGACCAGCUCUCGACCGAUACAGCCGCUCUGAAGUCUGCUGAAGAGGCACGAACGGAGCGACUGGAUGCCGCUCUUCGUGAGGUAGAAAACGUCGUGUCAGAGUUGAAGACAUCUGUACGACGGAGAGAUGAAGACACCCGCCGGAUAAGUGAGGAGGUCAGGAAUCUCAAAGAUAGCAUUCCGAAGGCCCUUGAGGGUGCUCGGGAAGGAAACGAGAACAGACUGAAAGAACUGGGCACAGAGCUGAAGAGUCUCAAAGUCCUGUUGGGCAACCGACUUAAUGCCGGUGGUGCGGCUGGCAGCUCGUUGCCGGGACGGACGGUGGGAUCGAUGACCUUGUCCGGUGCCUCUCGCCCAUCGGAUGAGGCGUCGGGCUCUUCUGCAACAACCAACGGUAUCCCUGCGGCAUCACAGAGUCAACCCUCUACGGUAUCGUCCGGUGAAGCCGCGGCACAGCCCGCUACCAACCAAACGCCCAGCAAUGAGACCACCAGCAACCCAGUUUCACAUCUGCCCAGACCGGCAUCGAUUCCAGCUUGGCAAAUGGCUGCCGCAAACAGAUCAAAGGCGGCUUCACAGCAAUCCACUGCCUCUUCAAACUCGGAGCAGCAGAAUGGUGCAUCGAGCUGA